CUUGUUAUAGUUAUUUAUUGAGUGAUAGUUGGAUAUUUUUGUGUGAAAUUACUACGAGUGUCUAAUAUUCAAAGGAAACAUGUUGACCUGUAAAGCAUGGUUGUGGUGACUUCCACUGAGAUUUGUAUUCCGGUUACAUAUCGACAGAACUCUCUUCGUGGAAGAUUGAAAAUCCAGUACGUAAUGCCGUCGGCUCGACUCACCCUCCGCGAGGAGGAUGUCGUGCGACUGGCGCUCGAAUUCCUACACAAUCGUGAAUUACACAUUACCCAAUUGAGUUUGGAGCGUGAGACGGGCGUCAUCAAUGGCGGAUACUCCGACGACGUUCUAUUUCUUCGACAAUUGAUCCUGGACGGGCAAUGGGAUGACGUGCUCGAAUUUAUUCAACCGCUAGAGGCGCUCAACUCUUUUGAGAUGCGCAAGUUCAGCUAUACGAUACUCAAGCACAAAUACAUUGAGCUCUUGUGCAUCAAGUCGGAGGCGAACAUGCAGGGUAGCAGCGUCGAUAAUGCCGUCGAAGAGGUCGUCAAGGUGCUCAACGAGCUCGAAAAGUACGCGCCGACGAAAGAGGAGCAUUCACACAUGUGUCUGCUUCUCACGCUGCCCCGACUCACCGACCAUAUGAACUACAAGGACUGGAAUCCGAGUAAUGCACGCGUUCAAUGCUUCCGAGAAGUGUAUCCAUACGUCGCUGAAUUUCUCCCCGGCGACCGCAAACCGACAGACGCGAACGCCAACACGAGCGCCAAAAACGACCGACUUAUUCAGUUAAUUAUCAAGGGCAUACUCUACGAGUCGUGCGUUAAUUACUGCCAGGCGAAAGCCACCGGAACAAAGGAUCCACAAACGCAGGACAUGAAUUUCGCAAAGCUGCUGGAUGGCAGUGUGGGUUUCAGCGACUCUGAUUUAAGUCUGCUUAGUUGGUUGCAGAGUAUACCACCCGAUACGUUUGCUGUACCAUUUGAACAAAGAACUCUGAAUGUAGACGUGGAGCGAUUGGAAAGACCAUCGCUUGAAACCUCUUGGACGGAGCACAUGCUUGUCACACCGAUCAAACCAAAGACUUUCCCGCAUUCGGCGAUGCCCUUCACACGACCGCGCUCCGCCGCCGAUGCAAUGACACGUUCCUUAAUGCCAGCGCUGGAUGGCCUGCCCAGCGGUUUGGGACACAAUGCGAAUAAUGGUAAUCCACGUGCGAUGGCACUGAGCACUGGUGAUAUCAGUGCGAAUCCAAUGACUCGCUCUAGCUUUGCGAGUUUUCACUUAACCGGAAUCAAAAAUGCCAAAGCGAUGAACAGCUCGGUGGAUAGGUUGUUUGAGAAUGAAGGAGAGGUGUUUUUGAGCAAUUCAUACGCUGAUUUUCAACAAUUGCCUUCUAUACAAGAACAAACUAGCACGCCAAAUUCGAAACCUGCACAAAUACAGCGGACAAGAUCGAAAAGCCCUGAGAACAAAUUGCCGCAGACACCGGAGCAUCGAGGCAGAGAGUCGCCCGGUUCUAUCGGCACGUCGAGGUCCUCCCGGCGGGAUUCAUUGAAUGAACGACCCGUACUCAAUGCAGCGCACAAUAUUGUGCUAACGCCGCCCGUGCCACCCAGCGAUGGGACGAAUCUCGAGCAAAGCUUUAAUGGGGAUUUGCUUAAGGAAUUUCAAAAACAGAAGCAAAAAGUAAUGGAGACUAUCGCGCUAAGGGAACGCGAAAGGGAAGAGUUAUUGAAGCAGAUAAAUCUUUCAUCGGAACCAAAUGACAUAAAACAACAAAGUGCCAACAAAAUGAAUGGAAUGAAUAACGUGCAGAACCGAAAUUUGGCUCCAUCGCCUCGUCCAAAUAUUAAUGGAAACGACAAUUACAGAACGCCUUCCCGACAUGAUGGACCAUCCGAUGGCCUCUAUGACGCAAUAAAGCCCGUGCCAAGAACCGCAGAUUUGGACAAUUCUGACGGAAGUACUUCAGCACGACCGAAAUUUGUUGCCGUCACCGCAUUAGAGGACGUUCAAGCUGUAAGAUGUGCAGAAUUUCAUCCGAGCGGACAGCUGUAUGCCGUUGGAUCAAAUUCGAAAACGUUGAGGAUAUGCUCCUAUCCAAAACUGAACGACUUAAGGGAAGACCACCAGACAUAUCAACCAACAGUUCUCUUUAAACGCACCAAACAUCACAAAGGCUCGAUUUACUGCCUAGCAUGGUCACCGGUUGGUGAUCUGAUGGCUACUGGAUCCAAUGACAAAACCGUUAAACUCAUGCGUUUUAACGCGGACACCUCCAACCUUGAAGGCGAAGAGGUCGAACUGUCUAUGCAUGAUGGCACCAUUCGCGACUUGUGCUUCCUGGAGGACACCUCGAACAAAUCGAGUCUGCUUAUCAGCGGCGGAGCGGGUGAUUGCAAGAUUUACGUGACAGAUUGCGCGACCGGUACGCCAUUCCAAGCGUUGAGCGGACACACUGGGCAUGUGCUGUCGUUGAACACCUGGGGCGGCGCAAUGUUCGUAAGCGGGUCUCAUGAUAAAACUGUACGCUUUUGGGAUCUUCGGACGCGGGGUUGCGUCAAUUUGGUCACGCCGGUCACUGUACCUGGUACAAGACAGGGAUCGCCUGUGGCCGCGAUUUGCGUCGAUCCAUCUGGGCGUUUGCUUGUAUCGGGACAUGAGGAUAGUUCUUGCGUAUUGUAUGACAUCCGAGGCGGAAGAAACAUUCAAUGCUUCAAACCGCACUCAGCUGAUGUAAGAUCCAUUAGAUUUUCACCUUCGGCGUAUUAUUUGCUGAGUGGUGGAUAUGACAACAAAUUGGUACUCACAGAUUUGCAAGGUGAUCUCACAUUACCGUUGCCUAGUGUGGUUGUUGCGCAACAUCAGGACAAAGUCAUCUCCGGACGUUGGCAUCCAUCGGAAUUCUCCUUCUUGUCUACGUCGGCAGACAAGACGGCCACCUUGUGGGCCCUACCACCCAUCUAACACUCGUAUUCUUCUUGCUUGCUGAGUUGAUUUAGUGGCUAAAGCUUAUGAUUAUGCUACGAAUUGAAAAUUUUCUAUACUGAAGAUAAGAAUUAUAGCAUAUAACAUUUGUGUUAUAACUUGUAAAAUGAUUAAUGUAUAAGUCUGAACUAAUUGUUUCUUACAUAUAUAACAAAGGUUAUCAGAUGCAAACAAACCAUUGUAUUUGUUAGUGCGAUCUUUAAUCGCAUACACUCGUUAAAAUACGUUCUUUGAUUAUUUAUUACUUUUAUAAUUUCUUACGAUGACUUCGUGUCUUGUUUUGAAUGUUUUUUAUUCAUUUUUAUUGACUUAACGAAUAACAUGUAUAUAUUUUAACUUUUUUAAAUGGAAAUUUUUGUUUUAAUAGUCAAUGCGACUUGCAAAAUGUUCAUGUCUGUUGAGCUAUGAUAUUUUUGUAUUAAGAAUUAGAGAAAUUCUAUACGUAGUAGUUACGUAUUGUAUGAACAAAUUAUGAGAGUAGUGCUAUUUCCAUGAUUCUUUAUUAAAAUUGGAACAAUGCGAGGAGCUAAGCGCAAAUUUGCAAUCAAAUUAAAGCAGAUGAACAAGAAACAAAAUUAUUUAUAACUAAUAAUAAAUUGUUAAUAUUGCUACAGCUGCACAAGUUAUCAAAAUAAGCUUAGCAGAUUAAUAUAAUUAAAGAAAAACCUAUGUAACUGUUAAUAAUGCUUUAUUAAUUAUACUUUAAAAAAUA